CGUAUUUUACCUCCUACCCUUACAGAGGGCCUGGGUGGAGUUAGCAGCUGGAUCAGGAAUGCGAUCACAGACAGACGUCGAAUCAACAGGCAAAGAGACAGAAAGGAGGGCGAGACGCGAAAAGAGCGGCCCAGGGUGCACGUCCUGGUGCUGACAGGUUCCCUUCCUUUCCCUCUCCUGUUUUGCUGCUCCUUUGACAAUAUGGCUCGUCGGUCUCAAAGCUCCUCACAAGGGGACAACCCUCUGGAUCCCAACUAUCUGGACCCACACUAUCGUGAAGAGUAUCGACUGGCAAUCGAUGUGCUGACAGAGGGCAACUUAGAGACAUUUUAUGAAUUUUUGCAGGGCCAUGCUAUUGUCAACUUCUUGGCCCAGCCUGAGAUUGUUCACAUCCAGAAGACACUGCAGGUGCCAAAAAUAACAAUCCAGCAAGAGCCUUCAUAUGCAGAAGGAGUUUAUACUGACCAUGAUAGUUCAUCAGGGACUUACUGGCCCAUGGAGUCUGAUGUUGAAGUCCCAGGACUCGACCUGGGCUGGCCGCACGUGGUGGGAUUCACAGGACCCACUGAAGUAACGACCCUCGUCAACCCAUCAGAUCCAGACAUGCCUUCGAUCAAGGAGCAGGCUCGGCGACUUAUUAAAAAUGCUAGACAGGUGAUUGCUGUGGUAAUGGACAUAUUUACUGAUGUUGACCUGUUUGCUGAUCUGCUGGAAGCUGCUUCACGCCGUGUACCUGUCUACAUCUUGCUGGAUGAAAUAAACUCCUACCAUUUUGUGAGGAUGGUGUUCCAGUGUAAAGUCAACCUUGACUUUGUCCAUUUUAUGCGUAUAAGAACUGUGUCAGGCAUCACCUACUUUUGCCGCACAGGGAAGUCUUUCAAAGGUCAACUGAUGGAGAGGUUCUUGCUGGUCGACUGCAGGGCUGUGCUAAGUGGCAACUACAGCUUCAUGUGGUCAUUUGAGAAGAUUCACCGUUGCAUAGCUCAUCUGUUUCUUGGGGAGCUGGUGGCUUCUUUUGAUGAGGAGUUUCGCAUAUUGUUUGCACAGUCCCAACCUCUGGUUUUUGAAAAAGCACUUAUGAUGCAGCCAGAGGAUAGUGACUUUAACAUCCAGCCAUAUGGUCACAUCAGACCUCCUCCGAUUAAAAAGCCUUUGUUAUACUUUCCUACAGAGGGCUCUGUUAUUUCCCAGCACUCUUCUUGUUCGUAUGGGGAAAGGAUGGACAUGGAGAGGGAGAACUUUAGAAGAGAGGAUCCAUUCCGACACGCUGUGGAAGGUGCACCAAAAAAUAUGUAUGGGAGAAACUUUGGUCCGCAGUUAGAAGCAGAGAGAGUUUUUCAAACACCGAGGCACUUGCUCAUGGCAUCACGGCAAAUGGACAUGGAUGCCUUCAAACGACACAGCUAUGCGGAAGGAACAAAUGACAACUAUCUACAUGGUAAGCAAAUCAUAAGACAAAGGAUGAUGAAAAAUGUGGACCCAAUGGAAAACCAAUCUAGUCAUUAUUUAAGGGAACCGAUUUAUCAGAUGGACAGAUCAUUUCAACCUAAGAAGUACGGAGGACCAGGAUCAGGUCACAACAUUUAUGACAGAGGGAGGAGCAACCACAUGGAAUACCAAGAAAUGGAAGAUUAUUCUGAUGACUCUAGGUUUACUCAGGAUGUUCCUGGUCUGGCACCCCAGCACAUUGGUGGUUAUCAACAAAUGUUGGAUUAUGUCCCUUCUAAUUCAUCUAAGGAGGUAAAGCAUGGGUCUGGUCGCCUAGUUCCAGGAGAUGGGCGGCUAGGUCAUUCCACACAGAAGAGGCAAAACACUGGACACACCUACAUUUGCCAGUCAUCUCCCACUCAGAAGCACCCACCAGACCAGAAGCAGUUAUUCCAUGAAUCCAGUCUAGAAAGAGAGGGACAAGACCCUAACAUUAAACAAGGUCUAAGAACAUGGCGCAUCUCCUCAUACCUCAAUACAUAUCAGGAAGGUGGAGAUGAGGGUCUACAGCACCCUCUUGAUUCAGAGACCUUUGAUGAGCCCCAGGAGGAGGCUUCAUUUGCUCCUGAGGCAUCCCUGCCCCGGUUUGCUAUCAAAGAAACUCCAAAGGUACCUGCUUUCAAAAGAACUGAACCACAGUUUCUUUUCAGGUCUAGCUUUAGGACAGUAAUGGAUGCUGCAGCUGAAGACACAGAAGUAGCGGGGAAGGAUGUUGGAGAGGAUGCUGAAACUAAGGAAUCAAGGGACAUUAGUCUUACUAAACACGAGUCGAUGAGAUCUAGGUUGAAUCCUUACUUGCAGCGAAAUUCUCGGCUGAGGUCUUCUCUGAUUUUUAGUUCUUCCAAGCUGGAGCAACAUAGCAGUUCUUUGAUGAAAAACUCCUCAGGACUUGCUCAGAAAGAUCAACCCACUGGAGAAUUAAUUGAGGAAAAUGCACCAGUCAAAAUCAGCCUCGCAGCUGAGGAGAUUUUAGAGAGGAAGAAAUUAAUCACAAGAGAGCCAUUUGAGUUCAAAUUGACUGAUCAAAGUAAAGUUGCUUCAAAAGACCAGCAGUCUGAGAAAGCUGUAAGCGAUUCCACUGAAGUCACACAGCAAGAGCAGCAGUCCACUGAAUCCAAGGAGCAUAGUCAUCUCUCCAAAUCCACUCUUAAUAUUGCAGAGCUUCUUUUAAAGAGGAGAUCCUUUUCCCGGGAGCCUUUUGAGUUCAGGUUAACUGACCAAAGCAAGAUAAACUCCAAAGCAUCCCAGUCAGAAGAUUCCUCAAAAGAUGCUCAGGUACUUAACCGAACAGAACAGAUCUCGGCACUUAAUAAAGAGGACCAGGAUCCCAACCAGCCAUCAGCCUCUGAUUCAGAGUCUCUUUUAAAGAGGAAGCCCAUGCUUAAAGAGCCAAUUGAACUCCAGCUGCCAAGCCAAUCCAGUUUCAAACCUUCUCAAAAAGAAGAGAACCAGAAAUCUUUACCAAAUCUGAAACCAAAUGUGCCACAUUUUGGGGAAUUUAACAGUGUACUGGGAAGAAGCACUGAACAGCUCAACAUGAAUGAUCCUAAUGAUCGGCUUUUAUAUUUCAAAGAAUUAGCAGCACAACGAAAGGCUGAGGCUGCAAAACAGGCUGAAGCAGCUAAGAGCAAGCAGCCAGAAUCCUCUCUUAAAAAAAGUGAAACGCAGGUCAAGGAGCAAGAAUCAGUUGGCAAGGAGGCCAAUAGGACACCUCUUGCUGAGCAGGAAAAGAAGCCAGUUGUGGAUCAGAUUAGUAAGGAUCUUCCAGCCGCUCCUGUUCCCAUCCUCCAAAUAUCACCCCAGACUAUAACCAUCACCGAUGCCACUGACUCCAUGAAGAGGGAGUUCAAAAAGACAUGCAGUCAGAGCAUGUCAUCACUGCCACUAGAGGUACCUGCUGAGAAGUCAAACAGAUCCAGCACCUCUUCAAUUGCUACAGAUGGAGGGGAUUUAAAGCAGGAUGUAAAGGCAAUGGAUUUUCUAAAGAAGGGUUCCCAGAAACUAAAAGAGUUUUUAGGACAAAAGGGAGAAAAAAAGCUGACUGAAGAGAAACCUGUGCCCCCGAUUAAUGUUUCAGUGACAGAGGAACCUGUCUUUGAGGAUAAUGGACCUUUAAAGCAGAGUGACGGACACGGUGCUACUAAACCUUCUAAGGUAGAGAAUAUAGAAGUGGCAGAAAAUAAGGAAGAUAAGACACGCAAGUCAACUCAGAAUGCUUCUGCUAAGGUAAACCAAAACAGAUAUCAAGCGUCUGCUUCCAACGUGAUCUACAGCAGCAAUCUUCGAGAUGACACUAAAGUCAUUUUGGAGCAGAUCUCUGCCAACAGUCAAAAGAAUCGGGCUGAAAUAGUUAAGCAUGUUCCAAAUGACACGGAAGAGACAUUGGAUGGCCAAGGGGUGGAGAAGCCAGAUACAGAGAACCAGGUGCAGCCCACCUCAAAGACUAAUACAAUUCCAGUAAGGAGCAGAUUCCAGCGGCCACAAACCAACCCCGAAGAACGGGAUAAGCUAAUUAAAAAAAUGGAGAAUAUGCGCAAGGAGAAGAAAGUGUACAGCCGUUUUGAGGUCUUUUACAAGAACAAAGAUUCAGGUCAGGUGUCAGAUUCAGAAAGCACAGAUGAUGACACCAAGGAGAAAAAGUCUGGGAAACUGACAUCUAGAUUCGGAAUUUUUAAAAGCAAAAAAUAAUGCUGCUUGUAUUCACAUUGCCAAAACUUUCAUACUUGUACUGUGUCUAAAUGUAUUGUUUAUUUUUUUUGUCAUUUUUAAUCCAUUAUUAUAUUUGGACUUCUUUCCGUUAUUGGAGAGAUGAACUGGGCUGAGAACCUGGACUUUUGCUCUUUCAUUUUUUUUUGUUUUAUUUUUAAGGAGGACUUAUACCUAACUGUUCUUGUUUAAGAUGCAGUGUUUCACAGUUUAAAGGUUAUUUGCCUGAAUUUUUGGGCUUUAGGGAGUGCUUUGCUUGCCAAAGAAGCUCAAGAUGUUUAUGGGCCAAUUUUUACUAAAUGCAUGAGAUUUUAGAUGUUUCUAAUGCUGGGUUAGUUGCUGGCACUGGUCUGAACGUUUGAUCUUGUACUGUACUGUGUCAAGAUCAUUUUUAUUUAAAAAAUGACAUGACAUCAGGGACUAUCUUUUUGGACAUAAAUUUUGGGGUGGGGUUUUCUGUGAGGUUUUUAAUACUAAUGAUUUCCAGCAGCUGUGAAUCAGAUUGUGUGUAUACAGAUCUUAGUAUGGACAGAUGGCUUCUUUUGAUAUAUUCUGGACCUUCAGCUCUAACAAGCUCACUUAGUGCUUUUGUUUGUUUGGUGUGUAUGAUAAAACCGGUCUAAAGGAUAAAUCUGGUAUUUUUCAAGUCAAAGUUAUUUCUUCACAAACAUGCUGUAUAUAGAAAGUUAAUUGCUUUCUAUAAAUUAAAAUAUCUUAUUCACACUGGCACUAUAUAUUGUAGUCUAUAAGGCAUGGGGAAAAGCUUAAAAACAUACCAAAUAUGUCAGUUUUAUUAAGUCAGGACAGUUGUUGAGUAUUGACCUGCAUCUUGCGAUUACAUACACAUUGUGAAAUAUUGUAUUCAUGUCACUUUUGAAAAAAGUCAUUAUUAUGAGAUUUAGCCAUUUCAAAAGAAGACAAGCUGUGUGUGAUAGCUCAGCACUUAGUCUUCAUGCGUGAUAACCUUUCACUCCCCCUGGGAGGUGGUUUCCUCUCAAAAGACUAAAUCACAGUACUUUUCAUGGCGUGUGGUUGUAUCCUUACCACGAGAAAAAUAUUAUUAGGAACAUGCAAUAACAAUUAUUUUCAGAUCCUUUUAGUUGUCACAAGCAUGUGUCAGAAACACAGAAGGCAUGGAUCAAUGCUCGACAACAGUCUUGGCUUGAAAAAUGGACGUAUUUAAUAAGUCUUUAAGCUUUUCCUCUGUGCCCUAAACCUUCCAUUGUAAAGUGCCUCUGUGGGCAAGUUAUUGUUUUUCAAUUUGUACAAAUUUAGAACAUCAUUUUGCAUUGUAAAUGUGUAUAUGUAACAUGUUUGUGAAAAAAUAACUUGGACUUAUUGAACUUCUCCACGUAAACAACUUCUGAGGGUGCUUGACCCAUGCAAAUAAACUAUAGAUUAUCUGCUAUGGGUAAUGUCCAGCAUCUCCACUUUUCAGUGUCAUAUUCUGCCAAACAUCAACUCAGAUUAACAACUCUACAUUAAUUGUAAUUUGCAUCAUGUGGUCAGCAUCACUUUCCUCUUUCUGUAUUAAACUAUCGGAAUUGCUGUGGCUUUUAAGGAGAAGAGUAGACAUUUGGAUUAGCCACAUGUUGAGAUUAUUCAUCUCAAAAUCAUUUUAUGUUUACUUAAAAUUCAUCAGAAUUUUAAUGCUCCUGCUAAGGUAAACCAAAAUGGAUAUCAAGUGUCUGCUUCCAACAUGAUCUGCAGCAGCAAAAAAUUGAAUACCUCAAUGUAAAGGAAACAGCCACAGAGACUGAUGAUGUGUAUGGACUGUGGCAGAGGCUUACAUAGACGAUGAAACUGAUGAAUUAAACAUUUGUAUCGUAUUUAAGUGAUUUUGUUAAUCUGUAAGUCAGUGUUUAUAGAAUGUGUCCAUGUUUACGGCACACAAAGACUUUAGAAAUUCAUUACUGUCGAAACCCUUAAGAAAGUUGUAAGUUAAAGAAUCUUUUUGUAGGGUCUCCUAUUGUCAUCAUGCUGAAGUACUGUACAUCUGUAGCCUAAUAACAGAUAGAUGCACACACAUAAUGUUCAUUGCUGCCUAUUAACUGUUACUGAGCAAGUCUGUAUUUGCCGGGUGUGGGUGAAGGUGUGUAGGUGCCCUGCAAUGGGCUAGGUCUUUCCCUAAAAAUAAGAGUUGUAAAAGUACUUGAUGGAUGGAUUAUGUGUGGGUGAGUUUGAAACAAAGCUUAAAAUAUCACUUAGGGAGUUCUUGUUCUUAUCAAGGUCCGGAAGUCAUGCUUUGUAUCUUUAUUGAAGUUUAUAAUUGUAUGUUAAAGAAGCCAUUGUUAUGUGUUUUAUCGUGCAUCCUCAUUUUGCAGCCUCUUUAUUGCAUAGACCUGAACAGAGUGUACCAAAUUGCCACUAUAGCCCUUGUAUGUUUACACUCGCCAGCCUGUCAGAAAGAUGCAGCUGUGUUUAUCUCCAUUUAUGGUCACUGUCAGGGCUGACUGCUACUGUGGCUAAAUGUUUGCCCCUUUCUCAUACUGUGUAUCUAUAACCCCAGGUGACAAGACAGAGCACCAAAGUAAACUGGAGAGAAGCUUUACAUUUUUAUUCAUGCAUUAUAAAUUAACAUGCUCAAACCUAAUCUCUGUAAUGUGCCUAAAACAGAUGCAGAGAAAAAUGAGUGUGACAAAUCAAAUCAAUAAACCAUGAUGGACACCAGCUAUCCUUACUAGGAGUCUAUUUACCCAAUGUGCCUAGAUGGCCAGGUGGCUCUCCGUAGUAAGAUGAUCGGUUUCCUGAACUGUUGUGGUCUCUGCAUGGAAUGAUGGAGUGAGCUUCUUUAUUACUAUGCUACCCUGCCCAGACCUGGCUAGCCAUGACUUAGUCAUUGACUCUUCUACUAACUCAAGAGUUUCAGUCGUAGCACUAGGCUAGGACACUUUUUUUUUUUUUUUUUUCUUGCUGAUUAUGAUUAAUUUGUAUAUAGAGGUCGCUAAUUCUUAAUUUAUGCUGGUUGUAACUGGCAUUCUUCAAGUAGAACAGGCAUACUAGAAAACAGUUUCACCUUACUGUUGGUUUUUCAAAAUAAUGCUCUGUCACUACAGAGAUGCUUUUCUUAAUAUAAUUUGUAAAAUCUAAAAGCAAGUCACUUGAAACAAUUGUUUAAAAGUCCACCCUGAUGUCAUUAUUUAUUGUACACCAACCAUCCACCACUUCUUAAGAGGAGAUGGGCAUGUUUCACUCUUAGAUGUAAAAAACAAAAAUCACAUUCACUGUAUUCAAAAAAAGAAAAAUAGGUGAAGGUUUACUAAAAAAUUGAAAACCUGAUGUUACAGGUGUUGAACGUUUAUCAUACAGUAGCUUUGGCCUUUGAGUCGUAAUGACACAUACAUCAGGUUUCCAGUUGUUGGGUACUGAAUGUCUCUGUGUUAUAUUAUUUGGCAUAAAAUAUGAUUUUUUCCCCAUCCUAACCUUAUAAGCCAGAGUAUGGUGGUACUGGGUGCCACUUUAGGAGAGUCUCACCCCCAAAAUCUGUGCCAAAAGAAGGUUCAACAACCAAAAUGAUAUUUUCCCAAUUUUUUUUUGCCGAUUUUUCCACUAUAGUUAUCAUUUUUCAAGUUUUGCUCACAAAUCCUGAUUUUUUUUUUCAUAUUUUAAUAGGGUCGUGGUUGAACCAAAGUCACAUUUGAAAUAAAAUUAGACCAAACAUGAUACCAUCGUGUUACUGGCUAUGUAAACCUUAUUUGAACUUCUACUUACUGGGCCUUGCAAUUGACCAGCACCCUUUCUUGCACCUGGUAUUGCUGCGGUAGACUGUGCCCAUACAAGUCCGAUCCUACAUUGGAUAAAGAGGUAUUGAACUUGUAUUUAUGUAUGUAUGUAUGUAGUAAGUGAAGGGCGGCAUAUGGUUGUAUCUGCAAGGGAUAUAAGGUAAAACAUUGAUUCAAUUCUGAAAAGAAGGUAAGAGACUCCAGUUUUUGGCUGUGUAGUGUUCAUGUGUGUCAGUUGAAUCCAGCCAAAAUGUCUGCCUUAAAUUGUUUUCGUUUCAUCAUGGAAAUAAUGUUUUCCUAUGUAUGUGAGCAGUGUUACAUUUCUGCUUUGUCUACUGUUUCAGCCAAGUGCCUGGUUGGUUGUAUGGUCAGUGGAAAAAAUGAACAGGGUAACUAUGUUUAUACUCACUUGGCCAUUAUCUCGUCCCUUUGACAUGUACUGCCCCAAACUAUUUCAUACUAAGUAGGCUCCAGGUAAGCAAAAUCUCAUAAAGUCUGUGUUUGGCCUCCGUGAUGUAACGCUGAGACUCAUUCCCUUGUAUAAAUAACAAUGCUCAAUAUGGGGUACUGUUUGGAAAUAUUACUUAAAUAAUCUGAAAAAUCAAAUUGAAAAUCAACAGCCACUUUUAACAAAGAUUCUCUGACAAUGCAUUAUGCAUAAUGAGGGACAGUUUGCAGUGAGGAUUCUGAAAUGCUGUAAGGUCCAAUAAUCUGUUUUAUGGGCAAUCAAUGUAAAGUUCAGGCCUUCUCAGUGUAUGUUUGACAUUGUGCAAUGAUAAGGAGUAUACAUUUAAUUCUCAUUGUUAAGAUAUUGCAAUGUUUACAGUUUGAUGAAGCAGAAUGAAUGAUAUUAUUUGCUGUAAGUAAGAUUUUCAAUUAUUUGAUUAAUGUCAUGCAUAGUGUUUGCUGUUAUGAUUUGAUCUUGUGAAGUCUGCCACCACAGGAGCAACUUGGGCUUGUUGGGCCGAGCAAAUCAUUCUUGUCCUACAUUAAUAAUAAAUGGUAAAAAAAUGGGACACUAGAUUACUAAUUGCUGGUUGAGACCCCCAUUUGCCUUAACAUAACAGUCUAUAAAUCUACUCUAAAGUUGCCCAUUUUUCAUGUUUUUUUUCCAACUCAAAGGAACUUAAAGCUGAUGUUACUCAAUAAACCAGCAAAAGGAAAUAAAGUGCAGCUUUGAGAAUAAAGUACCGAAGCUCUUUUUCAUGUAUGCAUUCACUUGCCAGCAGAGGGCAGUGUUUGAUGUACAGUUCUUUCAUACUACUGUUUUUAAGGAGUAAGAGCAGAGCCCAUCUUAACCACACAGUAGUAUUAGCAUAAACUAGUGCCUUGGCUGACUAGUUGUUUCUUUAAUCUUGGUUUGCAGUUUUUAGCUUUUAUCACUGAGGAGCUCCCACCCAAUAUUACAGUAUCAUUUGUGUUCUGCUUUGUUUUUAUUUUAUUGCAAUCAGCAAAGAAAGUGGUGGUGUGAAAAAAAGUUUGCAAAAUCUGUACACUACAUGAACAAACAUGUAUAGUAUAAGGGGCAGUCUUCCACAACUUUGCUUCUUGGGCUUCUUUCUAAUGAACUGGCAGGCUGUAACCCUUUAUGGUUAUUUUAUAGAGAACCUUUCAUGGUGAACACUAGGAGCACUUUACACACCAGCUGAGUCUGUGCUUUGCUGCUGAAUACCUGGACUUAAUGUGUGCAAUAGAUGAGGUGUCAUCACCUCAUCCAGUCAGCAAUAGCAGAACAUUAACACCCCCAGUAUCAAUAAUGUGGUGAACUCCACUGCCAGCAGUUGUUUCAUUAUUAUGAUGCUGGCCAUCGAGGUGAUCAAUCACGUCUGAGUGAAUUGAAGAACAUUUUAUUGAUCCACUGAAGUUCUUGUUGAGUUGUGUUCUCCAGGCAAAUACAAAAAAACAACAUAUCUGAGAAAACUGGAAAAUCUCUAUCCAGUGUUUGAAAACAAGCAUGCUGUGUUCUUUUUAAAAUGUAUUUAUAAAACUCUUGUGUUCUGGAAGGUAUUAGAAAAACCAGCAAUUUAUUGCUGGCUUUCACCACAGAUAGGUCAUCUAUUUUUGACAAGAAAUCUGAUAAGUUCCCUUUUAGAAUGUAGCUCAUUGUCCAAUGUAAACCUUCAGGAAUUCAGUUAAUUAAUAACUCAUCUCUGCUUCCCAGUUCUCCAUUGUUUGAUUAUUCCACCUGCCUUCAGACUUUUUGUGCUUCUGCCAAAUUAAUGGUGGACAUAAUGACAAGUGUGCUGUCCUGCAACUCUCCCAUGCCACUUAAUAAAAAAAAAAAACAUUCUGCACUGUACGAGUGUGUGAUGGAUAUCCAAUGAGAAGAUGUGUGUUAUGUUUCUACUAAAUUUCAUUUCUUGGAAAAUAAAGGAAUAAGUGAUGCAAAUGUUGUGCUAAAUGGUAAAACCCGUGUAAGUCUAAUGUAAAUUUGGGACAUCAGAGAUAUUUGCUGUAUAUACAUUUUUUUUUUAGAAUAAAAGUAUUCAUGAAAGUCUU